UGACUGUCCACUAUUAAUUCAAAAUCCCCGGUUUUGUAGGGAAUUUGAAAAAAAAUUAAAAAAAAAAAAAACUAUAUACCUGCUCAAUUAAAUUUAUUAGGCUGUAAUCUCGAAUUAGUUGGAGUGAUUAUAUAAAUCUUUUCACACUUAUCUUACUUAUUUUUACUCCUUAAUCCUUGUCUUUCCAAAUAUAUAUAUAACAAAAGGGGUACCAUUUUCUUUGUUUUUUCCAAUAUAACUCAUAUUUUCAAGAUCUUCAAUGGCAGAGUUUUCUGAACAAAUCGUUCAAAGUCAAUGAAAAAUCAGCUAGUGAUACGGAGAGCCAUAUCAGAAGGAUCUUUUUUCUAUUAACAUACAUUUUGGGCACGUACAGAACACUAGAGAUCAAAGUUCUAGCAAGCAUUUUUGUUUGUAGAGAAAUGGGGAAAGCUACAAGGUGGUUCAAAGGAUUUCUUGGAAUGAAGAAAGAAAAAGAAAAUGUAGACAACAUGUCGAAUUCAUCAGAAAAGAGAGACAAGAAAAGAUGGAGUUUUGGGAAGUCAUCUAAAGAUUCAACAGGUCGGGUGAACUUUCCAGGGAGUAACACUGAGGUGGAUUCUAAUUGGUUGAGACCUUAUAUGUCUGAGAAUGAGAAAGAGCAAAGUAAGCAUGCAAUUGCAGUGGCUGCCGCCACUGCUGCCGCCGCCGACGCGGCUGUAGCGGCAGCACAGGCGGCCGUGGCAGUGGUGAGAUUGACAAGCCAAGGUAGGGGUACUAUGUUUAAUUGUGAGCGGGAGAAAUGGGCUGCUUCCAAGAUUCAAACUGUUUUUAGGGGUUAUUUGGCCAGAAAAGCACUUAGAGCUCUCAAAGGAUUGGUGAAAUUGCAGGCUUUGGUAAGGGGUUACCUGGUCCGGAAAAGAGCUGCUGCUACUCUUCACAGUAUGCAGGCGCUUAUCAGAGCGCAGGCUUCUGUUCGAUCUCAAAGAGCUCGUCGUUCAAUGACUAAUGACAUUAGACCCGAUAUACGAGCUAGGAGGUCAAUUGAAAGAUUUGAUGAAUAUAGAAAUGAAUUCCACAGCAAGAGGCUUUCAACUUCGAAUGAGACUUCAUAUGAUGGAUUUGAUGAAAGCCCUAAAAUUGUAGAAAUCGACACAUACAGGACCAAAUCCAGGUCGCGUAGAAUGAACAAUCCUUGUAUGUCCGAAUCUGGAGAUGAGCAGUAUUAUCAACCAAUGUCAUCACCACUCCCCUGUCCACUUCCAGCCCGUCUAUCAAUCCCAGAUUGUCGUCAUCUUCGGGAUGUAAACUGGAGUUUUUUGGCAGACGAACAGUGCAAGUUCGCCUCUGCUCAAAGUACCCCUCGCUUUGCAGGUUCUAGACGGUCCAACGCGCCACCUACACCAGCCAAAAGCGUUUGUGGGGACGGAUACUACCGGCCUUAUGCCAACUUUCCUAACUACAUGUCUAACACACAGUCGUUUCAAAAUAAGCUACGGUCCCAUAGUGCACCAAAGCAAAGACCAGAGCCGGGGCCAAAGAAGAGGCUGUCGUUGAACGAAAUUAUGGCAUCAAGAACAAGUUUUAGUGGAGUUAGAAUGCAAAGGUCUUGUUCUCAAGUGCAAGAAGAGUACUGUUUCUGAGAAUUUUUUCUUUUUAGCAACUUUGGCUUUGGGUCAAUUGAAUCAUAGAUAUAAGAUAUGGCUGUAUGGAGAAGAUAAUCUGAAGAGUUAACUUCUCUAGUGCUUAUCCUUCCACAGGAAAUGGUGACAAAUUAGUACUAGGAUAGAAUGGUGUGCUUGUGUAAAUUCUUUGACAGUGUUUUGAUGAAGGAAUCCUUGCUUCUUGAUUGUAUCCAUUGAAAGCUUUUUUAUGAAA